AUGGCGGACGGGGACAGCGGCAGCGAGCGCGGCGGCGGCGGCGGGUUCGGGACCGCCCGCGGCGGGGCGGGGGGGGCCGGCCCGGCCGCGGGGCCCGGCGGCGGCGGCGCGGCCGGCCCCGAGCAGGAGACGCAGGAGCUGGCGUCCAAGCGGCUGGACAUCCAGAACAAGCGCUUCUACCUGGACGUGAAGCAGAACGCCAAGGGCCGCUUCCUCAAGAUCGCCGAGGUGGGCGCGGGCGGCUCCAAGAGCCGCCUCACGCUCUCCAUGGCCGUGGCCGCCGAGUUCCGCGACUACCUGGGCGACUUCAUCGAGCACUACGCGCAGCUGGGCCCGUCCAGCCCCGAGCAGCUGGCCCAGGCCGCGGGGCCGCCGGGCGAGGACGGCGCCGGGCCCCGCCGCGCCCUCAAGAGCGAGUUCCUGGUGCGGGAGAACCGCAAGUACUACCUGGACCUGAAGGAGAACCAGCGCGGGCGCUUCCUGCGCAUCCGCCAGACCGUGAACCGCGGCCCCGGCGGCCCGGGGGGGUUCGCGGGAGGCCCCCCCGGGCUGCAGAGCGGCCAGACCAUCGCGCUGCCCGCCCAGGGCCUCAUCGAGUUCCGCGACGCCCUGGCCAAGCUCAUCGACGACUACGGCGGCGAGGAGGACGAGCUGGGCGGCCCCGGCGGCGGCGGCCCGGGCGGCGGGGGGCUCUACGGGGAGCUGCCCGAGGGCACGUCCAUCACCGUGGACUCCAAGCGCUUCUUCUUCGAUGUGGGCUGCAACAAGUACGGGGUGUUCCUGCGGGUCAGCGAGGUGAAGCCGUCCUACCGCAACGCCAUCACCGUCCCCUACAAGGCCUGGGCCAAGUUCGGCGGCGCCUUCUGCCGCUACGCCGAGGAGAUGCGCGACAUCCAGGAGCGCCAGCGGGACAAGCUCUACGACCGGCGCGCCGGCCCGCCGGGACCCGGCAGCGGCAGCGGCGCCGGUGACGACUCCGACGGCGACGACGUGGACGACGACUGAGCCGAUCCCCCCAGCCCUCGACCCCGACGCCGGCCCCCCACCAUCCCCCCCGAGCCCCGGGGCGAGCGGG